GCAGGCAGCCAGAAGCGUCUAACCGGACAUCGCCUGCACUACAUGACACACUGAGAUGUGAUGCUCUGACAGUCUGCAGGCUUACUGAGACACAUGCCAUUGCCAUGGCGGCGUAUUCCAACUCCUUGGGAACAGCAAAUCCUGUGUUUGAGCCGUGGUCCACGGCGUCAGUGGAUCAGGAUCUCCUGCAUUUGCUAGGAUCUGUGACUGAACAGAAUAGCACUUCAGAGAGAUGUUACCUCUCACAUUCUCGCAGCAGUGUGCUUCAGGGGCUGCCCUUUGGUGGAGUGCCCACUGUCCUCGCUAUCAACCUCGUCCUUUGGCUGUUCCUCUUGCUUGUGUUCUCCUGCGUGAGGAAGGCUGCGUGGGAUUACGGGCGUCUGGCUCUGCUGAUGGAGAAUGAUAGUCUAACAUCACUUUUCUAUGGAGAACAAAGUGAGAAAGAGAAGUCUCCAUCUGAAACCAGUCCCUCAGACUCUGAGACCAAAGACAUGGGCUUCUGCUCCUGGCUCACAUCUCUCUACCACAUGAAGGACGAUGAGAUCCGUAGUAAGUGUGGCAUUGAUGCAGUUACAUACUUGGCAUUUCAACGCCAUGUCAUCCUUCUCAUGGCUGUAGUGUGUCUGCUCUCGCUGAGUGUUAUCCUGCCUGUCAACCUCUCUGGGAGCCUCCUGGAAAACAGCCCUAAGAAUUUUGGUCGGACAACCGUGGCUAACGUAGCAGCACAGAACAGUUUUCUGUGGAUACACAGCAUCUUUGCACUACUGUACUUUGUAAUUACUGUACUCUGUAUGGUCCACCACUCCUCACAGCUGGAAUACAAAGAGGAUGAGAAGGUGGCUAGAACUUUAAUGAUCACUAACAUUCCCAGAGAGAUUUCUGACCCCGGCCUGAUUACCAAACAUCUCCACGAAGCAUAUCCGAGUUGUACAGUCACAGACAUCUGCUUUUGUUUCGAUGUCCAAAAGCUAAUGAAGCUGGACUCUGAGAGGAGGAAAGCAAUGAAAGGGAGGAUGUAUUUCACUACCAAGUCACAGAAGGAAGGCAGGAUAAUGAUAAAGACACAUCCUUGUGCACAGAUCUUCUGCUGUGAUUUUUGUGGCUUUGAACAGAUCGAUGCAGAGCAGUAUUAUAGUGAAUUAGAAGAGAAGCUAACAGAUGAGUUUAAUGCUGAAAAGCAUCGCAUUACCAUGAAGAAAUUGGGCAUUGCCUUUGUAACUUUCAGAGAUGAGAGGAUGACUGCAGUCAUUGUGAAAGACUACAGGAGGGCCCGUUGCCGUCGGAAACCGCAGCAGUCCAGCAUCACUACAGUCGUGCACUCGCACCAGUGGGAUGUCCGCUAUGCCCCUGCCCCCAAUGACAUCAUUUGGGAGAACCUGUCAGUGAGUGGCUCUCGCUGGUGGCUACGAUGUGUCUUGCUUAAUAUCCUGCUCUUCCUCCUCUUGUUCUUCCUCACCACUCCGGCCAUUAUUGUCAACACUAUGGACAAGUUCAAUGUCACUCAGCCUGUUGAAAGCCUCCAGAAUCCAGUUAUCACCCAGUUCUUCCCAACUUUGCUCCUAUGGGCUUUCUCUGUUCUGCUCCCCUUUCUUGUGUAUUACUCCGCCUUCUUUGAGCAUCACUGGACCAGGUCCAGUGAGAAUCAGAUCACCAUGCACAAGUGCUUUCUACUGCUGGUCUUUAUGGUUAUCAUUCUGCCUUCUCUUGGUCUGUCCAGUUUGGAUUUUUUCUUCAGAUGGCUCUUUGACACUCACUUCCUGGAUCAGAAGGAUGUAAAGUUCCAAUGUGUGUUCUUGCCUGAUAACGGAGCGUUUUUUGUGAAUUACAUCAUCACAUCGAGUCUGAUUGGAACAGCGAUGGAGCUGCUGCGGAUUCCCUCUUUACUGGUUUACUCGCUGCGUCUUUGUUUUGCAAAAUCCAAAGCAGAACGCAUCCAUGUUAAACGUAGUCAGGCUUAUGAGUUCCAGUUUGGGUUAGAGUAUGCCUGGACCAUGUGCAUAUUCUCUGUUAGUAUGACCUAUAGCAUUACCUGCCCCAUCAUCGUACCCUUUGGACUGUUGUAUCUGAUUCUGAAGCACAUGGUUGACCGCUACAACAUCUACUACGCCUACAUCCCUACCAAGCUGAGUCAGCACAUCCAUUCGGCUGCUAUCAAGCAGGUGCUUGUGGCACCGAUACUCUGUAUGUUCUGGCUCCUCUUCUUCUCUGUGCUACGACUUGGUCCAAUGCGACCCAUCACUCUGUUCACCUUCAUCUCUGUACUUUUAUGUAUCAUUUUUACCGUCUUCGGAAUCUGUCUGAAAAAACUACAGACGGACAGAACAACAAGCUAUCAGAUGUCUGACGCAACCACAGAAGGAGUCUACACUGAUAUAGAGAGAAGCACUGCAUCCACCACAACUACUGCAAAUCUCUUCAUAGCAUCAGUGUUACUGGAACCAGAGCUGGGUCUGACACCCAUGCCCUCUCCUGCCCACCAGAGCUAUGGUACCAUGGGAAACUGUCAGGCCUCGGUGCAUGAGGAAGAGGGGGCGGUUGGGAAAGAUGCAGAGGAGACAGUGGAGACAGAGAUUGAAGACACACCAGGACGUGUCUGCUCUAGCUCUCUGAUGGACAGUCCAGUGGACUACCAGUGACACCUACUCACCUUUACCAGCAAAAUAAAAGCCCCCUGCAUCACCUUAACUCGAGGCUGGUACUGAGGCACAAUGCUGCAUUUUUUUUUCCCUCCAAAGCCCAUUUAAGGAGUGGAUCUGACACAGUGUGUGGCCACUCAAUCUCUCUCUUUCUCUCUCUCGCUUUCUCUCUCUCUCUCUUCCUCUCUCUCUCUCACACACACAGUCUGUCUCUCACAGUCUUUCUUGCUCUAUAUUCGUCUGUCUUCUUCUGUUCUCUCCUGUUUUUCUUGGGCCUUAUUUGAGGCUAAUGGCGUCUGGCACCAUUGCUGACGGAAGUAUAGAAAACUGGACCCUGUGCUUUGGAGGAGCUUUUCCUUGGCUCUGCUGAUUUCUAAGGUCAUGUCCACAGUUUAGUGUUUUUCUCUGCUUGUUCGAUGUGGCUCCAAAAACCUGACCCAAUGCAGGAUGUCAGUGAAAUUGGACAUGGGAAGGAAUAUAUUUGUACUUGUUGCUAGCUGCUUAUUACUAAUCUUGAAAUGAUAAUAUGAGGCUGUUUUUACUUACUAUUAGGGUUUUAUCUAAAGAUGUACAGUAUCACUAUUCAUUGAAGGAUUAUUAUUCAUUGUGAUUAUUAUUAUUAUUAUUAUUAUUAUUAUUAUUAUUAUUAUUAUUAUUAUUAUUAACUGUGACAUUUUGAGGGUUCUUUAAGCAUUUAUUGUUUAGCCUUUUUAUAUUGUACUCCAUCAAGAGUGUAGAAGUCAUUUCCAUCAAUCUUUACCCUGAUUGCUACAGCUAUUGUUUUGUUCACUGCAUACUCAUGUUUGUAGUCCAAUUAUCCUUGCAGAGCAAAUUCAUUUAUUUAGCUCGGACAAGAGAAACUCAGAGAAUCAGUUGGAAGAUAAAGGAGUAUAAAUAACAGGAUAAGCAAAUCGAAGUGGUUGUCAUUCGGCUGCUCCUUGUUUGGGGUCCCCACAGUGGAUCAUCUGAUCCGCAUAUGUGAUUUUGGCAUAAGUUUUACACCAGAUGUCCUUCCUGAUGCAACCCGGCCAUUUUCUCCAGGCUUGGGAUUGGCACUGGGAGUAAAUCUCUCAGUAGCUGGGUUGGAAUCAAACCCAGGCCAUUGUGGUGAGAGUAUGGGCGCCUGCCAUUGGACCACCAGGAACAACAAGCAAAGCAAAGUAAAAAUCCCUUUUUAAAAACCCUUAUUAUUAACAAAAAAACUUAAUUAGACAUGAACUUUAACUUAUCAAAGAGUAAAAAAAAAAACAUUAUUAGACAGACAUUGAUAUUAAUAUUGCAUUCACAUAUCAUUGCCCUGGGUCUUAAACACUGCAUGUCAUCAUAAAAUCUCAUGAUUUGUUCAGUUUGCAGCACUCUCAGUCAGGUGAAGUGUUGCCUCACCUACUAUAACACUUAAAUUCUCUUUGUAAGUUUUGUACUAUGGCCGUUAGUGGUUAUACUGUAU